CACGCAGGCGGCGUACAGCAAGGUUUCCGCUUCUCCGGGGCUCGGACCGCGGCUCACGAGAAUCUCCGUGUGUAACGUGCGCGGGGCUGACGCACCAAGGUGGGAGAAAAGCGACGGAGAGCCAGCCAGCCGAGUCGGGGAAGAUGUCGGAAUCCAAGUACCGCGAGUGGAUCCUGGACACUAUCGACUCGCUGCGGUCCAGGAAAGCCCGGCCGGACUUGGAGAGGAUCUGCCGAAUGGUCCGGAGACGACACGGGUCCGAGCCCGACCGAACCUGCGCGGAACUGGAGAAACUGAUCCAGGAGCAGACCGUGCUGAAAGUUAACUACAAGGGCUCUAUCUCGUACCGGAACGCCGCCAAGGUCCAGCGGAGGAGCAGGAAAAAAUACGAUGCAUCGUUAGCGACGGCUGCGAGGAGGAGCGCGGUGGAAGACGCCAGUCAUUCCGACCUGAGCAACGGGGACAGCGCGCUGGGUCCGGCGGACCCGGACGACGAGGACCUGGAGGCGGACACCUCCAUGGCCAUGGACACAGACAGCAACGCAGACGAGGAGGGAGCCGACGAGAGCCGGGACGGGGACGACGGGCCCUCUCCGGGCUCCACUCACGAAGACGCCCCCGAGCCCUGCGCCGCCCCGGCAAGAGCCGUCUCUGCCCCCUGCUCCCCCUCCGGCGCUCGGCCCGGCUCCAGCCCCGGCACUGGCCAUGGCCCCGGCCCCGGCUCGGGUCUGGACUCUGCCUCUUUCCAGAAAGCUGGUGAGAGGCCCAGCUCCUUGCCCCCUUCCAGCCCCAGGGCCCUCGCACACAAUGACUGGGCUUAUGAUUCCACUGUGUGCCCAGUGGAGCGCCAGCAUCCAGGAAUGCAGAGAGACAAAGUAACCACAAAGCCGGCCGUGCUCCCGGUAAACGCCACCCCCUGUGCAUUAAACAACAUCAAGAAAGAAGAUGCAGCCAAGGUGGAGGACAGCAGCCUCUCUUCUGACCAGCUGGUCCCAGACUACGCAGCACGGCCGGAUGAAACAAAGAAUGCGUCUGAUGCAAGAUCACAAACUCCGUGUUUGCCGUCUGACAACUGUGCGCUGAAGAAGAUCGACAUCUCGUCCUUCACAGCAGCUGAAGACAGCCUCCUCAAUGGAGGCAAGGAAGAUGAAAUUUUAGUGAAGAAGGAGAAGAUGAGCCAGAACCUGCUGCAGUGGAGCGUGGCCGACGUGGCCAGCUACUUCUCCGCCGCGGGUUUUCCCGAGCAGGCCGUGGCGUUCCGAACGCAGGAAAUCGAUGGGAAGUCCCUCCUCCUCAUGCAGCGCAGCGACGUCCUGACCGGCCUGUCGAUCCGCCUCGGCCCCGCCCUCAAGAUCUACGAGCGCCACGUCAAAGUGCUGCAGAGGACCCACUUCCUGGAAUGCGAGGACCUCUGAAGCGGGAGAUUUCCCCGUGACAGUACGACGCUGCAUUGACUCGGACAUGCAUGCAGUGCCCUCUCCCAUCUGGCUCGCGCCGCCUCCCUUCACAUGCAGCACAUGUCGAGGGCGGGCGGAGGAGAGAGAGACGGCAGAGGUCGGGAGUUCACCUUCACUGUGAGAACGACCAGAAACUGAAAGACAGUCAUCCUACCUCUCAUUACGAUCUUUGGUUUUUCGAGCCGGUUUUUUCAUUUUCACCCCCUGCGGCUCCUCCGCCGAGGGAACAGACUUGGUGAAGGGAACCGAGCUUUCGCUUUUUGAGCGGACCAUCUCCGGGGCCGAAAGGCCCAAACACAGACGCGACUGUGCAGCGCUGCGGCCAAAGUCUCGUCGGUUUUCGAGCGUCCUCCCCCGUAUCUGCUAUUCCGUAAGUCCCGAAACUUUUCUUAAGACACAGAUGGACGUUUUCUCGUUGUUUCAAACGGCAUCAACUUGUUGGAAUAAGUCAAAACUACAUUUCUGAGUCUGAUUCCUGGCUUUUUUAAGCCACUGAUAGCUGCUGUUUUAGUUUAUGUCUACAGUUUCAUUCCAGUACUGAGAUAUAACCCACACGAUAUACUACUACCUGAUCUACUCAUCUUGUUUUCUUGUUCCUUCCUGGUUAAAAAGGAUUGUGGUCCAUCAUUACAGUCACAUUCGAGGGCACAAUUUCAGAAGAAAAGAAAAAAAAAACAGACAUAUAGUGUCAUGAAAUAUGGUUUUUAUACAUGAGGAAAACAUAGUAAUAACUUCCAAGAAAUUUUAUUGUACAAUCCAGCUGCUCGACGCCUGUUUACAAAGCAGCAAUAUUGAUGAAAUGCAAUACUCAAUGUUCUCAUCCGUGUCGAGUUCGUCCAGUUUUCCGCCUUGUGUUUUGAUCUAAGCCAGCCACUUGAAUUGUAACAUUCCACUCGAUGUGGUCCACAUCUCUCGUGUAUCUUCUCAUCUUUUUACCUGUAAGACGGACAAUUCUACUAGAGUCACAAAAUAAAGCUCUUGUCUCUACA